AAAACUCGGUUUGUUUUGAUUUGAAAAAUAAUGGUCUUCAUCUGUCUUCUUUAAUAUGUAGCCAACUCUUUGCAGGUCAGCGGAGUCAGAAAUCUCUUCAUCUAGGUCUUUGGUUUAGAGUUUAUUUGAAGCUUCUCACACGGCUAUCAACUAUCUGUUGUUCCCGCUCCUCUCUCCAUUCCGGCAUCGUAUUGUUGGUUGAAUCGCAUUUUUCUUUCAUACGACAAGGCUGUAUCAUAUCAGUGGAGCGUCGAGCAGCGUCUGCAACCUUUCUAGAGAACUCCUCGGUGAGUUUGGUGCUAUCCAGGAAGCAGUUCUACCCGUGUACACAUGGUAGUAUUUUACAGUGAUCAGCUGGCGCCGUGGCGUAAAGGACCGGCAUGAGUUACCCCCAUGCAAACAAGAUGUUGGCGAAUAAUGCCUCCUCCAGGCCUUCACCGUCUGGCAUGGCAGAUGAGACUUUGCAAAGUCAACAAAGUGACCCAUCUGGCCAAGUAGCUGCAGUUGCUGCUUCAGCUGCAGCUUCAGCUCCUUCAAAUCAUCUCAGCGAGGAACAACAGCAACAGCUGAAAGCUCAAAUCGUGGCAUUUCGUUAUCUCUCCUCCAAUAAAGGUGUACCUGCCCAUGUACUGAGUGUAGCACAGUGUGAGAAUAAAAUAUCUCGAACAACCGUACCCAGGCCCGUUGGAGUGGAUCCUGCCAAGGUGCUGAGAGAGCGAGAGUUACGCAUCGCUGGGCGUAUUCAGAGCCGUGUGGAGCAGCUAAAUCAGAUUCCCAUAGCUGGCUUGAGAGAAGACAUUGCGACACAAGCGCAGAUUGAGCUGAGAGCUCUGCGUCUGGUAGAUUUACAGAGACAGGUUCGGCGCAGUGUAUUAGAAGCGUGUCGACAAGAGUCUAUCCUUGCAUCUGUUCUAAACCCUAAGCUGUACAAAUGCGUCAAGAAGCAGUCCCUGCGAGAAGCUAGGAGCACGGAGAAGCUGGAAAAGCAGCAAAAGGAGGAGAAAUUCCGCAAGGAACGGCAAAAACACUUGGACUUCUUGCACAGCGUUAUCGAGCAUGGCAAGGAGUUCCGUGAAUACCAUCGUCAGAACCAAGUGCGAACGGCCAAGGUGGCCAAGAACGUCAUGCUGCACCAUGCCAACACUGAGCGAGAGCAGAAAAGAGAAACCGAGCGCCUGGAAAAGGAGAGAAUUCGCCGCCUCAUGGCGGAGGAUGAAGAAGGUUAUCGCACACUGGUUGCCCAGCAGAAAGAUUCUCGUCUCAUGUACCUUCUCAACCAAACCGACGAUUUCAUUGGGCAGCUGACUCAGUUAGUACGUGAGCACAAGAAGACUGGUUCCGGUGCUACGGGCCGUAUUCGUAGAAAGUCACAGCUCGACACUGCUCCAACUGAUGCUAGCGGUGAUGCUGCCUCUGCUGCUGCUGCUGCUGGUGCUGCCGAGGCUGCGGAUAAACGUGUGCCUGUGCGACGCAAGGACACAGGAGAAGUUGUAGAUGACGAGAAUGCUCCGCGGCAAAGUGAACUCGCCGCUUUCCUCGAAUCUCAUCCCAGUUAUGAAGCUGUGCCGAGCGAUGCGCUGGAACGCACCGACUCGACAGAGAGCAGUCAACCUGGUGAUCAGGAUGACAAACCAGAGAACGCAGCAUCAGACAACGAUGGCUCUGACAUGGAUGAAGGCGAUGAAGACAAAGCGUCAAAGGAUGAUGAUGAUAGCCAGGAUAAGACUGCCACAGCGGAAACGGAAGAAGGUGAAGACGCGCCUGGUGCGGAGGAGAGUGCCAAGGCUACAACAGACAAAGCUGCCGGCGAUGAAGACAGUCAGACUGCCAAGAAGAAGAAGCGGAAAAUCAAUAUUCGGAAAGACCGUGCGGUGGACGAAGAAGACGAAUAUCAGUGUGAUGAGAACAAGACCUACUAUUCUAUGGCACAUAACCGACGGGAAGCUGUUACCAAGCAACCAGACCUGCUCCAGUUUGGUACCCUCAAGACUUACCAGGUUGCCGGUCUGGAGUGGUUAGUGUCCCUGCAUAUCAACAACCUGAAUGGUAUUCUGGCUGAUGAGAUGGGACUUGGAAAAACUAUUCAGACCAUUUCGCUCAUCACCUAUCUGAUAGAGAAGAAGAACUAUUUUGGACCGUUCCUCAUCAUUGUCCCCUUGUCGACUCUUUCCAACUGGGUGAUUGAGUUUGAACGAUGGGCUCCGUCUGUUCCCAAGCUUAUCUACAAGGGUUCUCCCAACGUGCGCCGCAGCAUCGCCAAUCAACUUCGCUCGACUACGUUUGCUGUUCUCCUCACUACCUAUGAGUAUGUGAUGAAGGACCGAGCUGUUCUGGGCAAGGUGAAAUGGGAAUACUUGAUCAUUGAUGAGGGUCAUCGUAUGAAGAACCACCACUGCAAACUAACACAGAUCCUCAACCAGUUCUAUGCCAGCGCCCACCGUCUAAUUCUCACUGGAACACCGCUGCAGAACAACCUUCCAGAGAUGUGGGCUAUUCUGAACUUCCUACUGCCGACGAUCUUCAAGUCGGUGACCACAUUUGAGCAGUGGUUCAACGCACCAUUUGCCAUGACGACAGAAAAGAUGGAACUGAACGAAGAGGAAACUAUUCUCAUCAUUCGUCGUCUUCACAAGGUGCUGCGUCCGUUCCUGCUUCGCCGUUUGAAGAAAGAAGUGGAGUCACAACUGCCGUCGAAGACGGAGUAUGUGAUCCGCUGCGAGAUGUCGUCUCUGCAACGUCGUAUCUAUCGUCACAUGCAGAAACGAGGUGUUCUGCUCACAGAUGGCUCAGAGAAUAACAAAAAGGGCAAAGGUGGAACCAGGUCACUGCAAAACACCAUUGUUCAGCUGCGCAAGAUCUGCAACCACCCCUUCAUGUUUCAACAGAUGGAGGAGGCGUACAGCGAACACAUUGGAAGUCAAACAAACUUCAUUGAAGGACCUGACCUGUUCCGUGCAUCUGGCAAGUUUGAACUACUUGAUCGCGUCUUUCCCAAGCUGAAGAAGGCUGGGCACAAGGUGCUACUGUUUUGUCAGAUGACCAGCUGUAUGACCAUCCUGGAAGACUACCUUGCUUGGAGAGGCUGGCGUUACUUGCGCCUGGACGGCACGACAAAGUCGGAGGACAGAGGGCACAUGCUGCGCUUGUUCAACGACAAGGACUCGCCGUUCUUCGUCUUCCUGCUGAGUACCCGUGCCGGUGGUUUAGGUCUCAACUUGCAGUCGGCCGACACGGUUGUGAUCUUUGACAGUGACUGGAACCCUCAUCAGGACUUGCAGGCACAGGACCGUGCUCAUCGUAUAGGUCAGGUCAAUGAAGUGCGUGUCCUGCGGCUACUCACAGUCAACAGCGUGGAGGAGAAGAUCCUGGCUGUGGCCCGCUAUAAGCUGGAUAUUGAUGACAAGGUCAUUCAAGCCGGAAUGUUUGAUCAGAAGUCUACCGGCCAAGAGCGACGUAACUUUUUGGAAGCUCUGCUCUAUGAGGAUGAGGAGGAUAAGGAGGAAGAGGAAGUGCCUGAUGAUGAGACAGUGAAUCACAUGAUUGCUAGAGGCCAACCUGAGUUUGAGAUGUAUCAGAGGAUGGACAAUGAGCGCAACAAUUUGGAAAAGACUGACGAGUUCUGGAUAGGCAAGUCACGUCUGAUAGAAGAUGGAGAACUUCCUGAGUGGCUCUUGAAGGAUGAGGAAGAGGUUGAACGUCUGACAGCAGAGGAGGAGGAAGACAAGUUGUUUGGCCGUGGUGUGCGACAGCGUGCUGAUGUGGACUAUACUGAUCAUCUGACAGAGAAACAGUGGAUGAAGGCCAUUGAGGAUGGCACACUGGACGAGGUGAAGGAGAAGAGAAGGCGCUCUGGAAAGCCAUCAUCAGCAAAUAGCUCACUGCAAGUGAGUGAAGCAGAGGAUGAUGACAGCGAUGGAGAACCAAGAAAGAAGCGCAAGCGAACCUCCACCGGUCGAAACAAGCCAACUCCGUCUCCGGAGAUGUCUCCAGUGUCUGCAGAGCUGAGCAAGCAGAUGAAUUCCCUCAUGGAACUCAUUCAGAACUAUGAAGAUGAUGAUCAUAACUUGGGUGGCAUUUUCUAUCAGCUGCCGUCGCGUCAGAAGUUACCAGACUACUACCGCUCCAUCAAGAACCCAAUGGACAUCAAGCGUAUUCGAGAACGCAUCACUAGCAAUCGCUAUCGUAGUUUGGAUCAACUGCAAGAUGAUGUCCUUAUCAUGUUCAGUAAUGCUCGUGACUACAACAUUGAGGGGUCACCUGUCUAUAAUGACUCUCUAACUCUCCAGGCAGUGUUCAUGAAAGCGUGUGCUGAUGUUAUGGAGGAGAGUGUGUCACCAGCUCCAUCUAAAGGCUCUUCAAGCUCACAACAAUGUCCACUGGCUGCACCAGGAGGUUUACAACCGCUAAAGAAGCGCCGUGGUCGUCCUCUGAAAAAUCCUGCGAAGAUCAAGGCAUUGCAAGAAGAACAGAUGCGUCUUGCAGCGGGUGAUUCUUGAAAGCGCUCCAAAGAUGGUGAUAAUUCUAGUUAGGUCGAAACUGCCGCUGAAGUGCUGCAAGUCUCCCCGAAAACCACCACAAGGGCUGACCGUCACUCUCAUGUGCUCCCUCUUUCUCUCUCACUCUCGCAGCAAGUGACUAGUGAGUAGUGUCUCUAGACCACACACCUAGCCACCGCCGGCACUGCUGCUGUUGUCGUUGCAAGCGCUUCCCCGUCCGCCUUGUGCUUCUCUUUCCCGAACUAGUGCUGUUUAGUCAGCUGGAGGUCUCAGUUACCUUAUCCUGUCCCCAUCCCCCCCCCCCCCUCCCCUCUCUCUCUUUCUCUCUCUCUCUCUCUCUCUCUCUCUCUCUCUCUCUCUCUCUCUCUCUCCCUCUCUCUCUCUCUCUCUCUCUCUCUCUCUCUCUCUCUCUCUCUCUGCCGCCUAGAACUUACACAGAGUGGCUACACGCUUGUGUGUGUGUGUGUCUGCUCUGUGGUAUGUAACCGCUCCUCCGCUCUACUCUAGCAGCUCUGCCCUUGAUAUUAGGGGAGUAGACCUAGUGUGUACAUGUAUAUGAUUUUUAUGCCCUGCACCAUGCCCACUCUACCAGGUCCUGUGUAGGGCAGUACUGGUGGUAAUAGUACUAACAGUACAGUGCCGCACAGGUCUGCAUGUGCUCUGGUCCCCACAUGCACCGUAUGAUCUUUAUCCUUCCUUUCGUUUUGCACAAUUGUGUGUGUGUGUGUGUGUGUGUGUGUGUGUGUGUGUGUGCGUGCGUGUUGCAAGUGUAUGUAUCAUAAUUAUUGUUUCGGAAAUGUUGCCGUCCUGCACACCUGUAGCUCGUGUGUUUUGUUUGUUAGAGUUUACCAGGCCUGUUUCUGUCCAUGUGCUGUCAUCUGUGUUGUAAGCGAUGCCUGCUGUCUCAUAUUUAGUUUCUGCUUCAUAAAAUCAUUCUGCACACAUCGUGCCCGCGUGUGCCCACUGUACCAGCCAUCAUGCACCACUGCACACUCACGCAAAUCUGCCAUAAUAGCUUCUUGCCUUUCCCAGCUUCAUCAUAAAACUGCUGCUGCCACUUUGCUACUGCUGAACGACUGAUAACUACAAUGUGUACUUGUACCCCUUGAAA